AUGAAUAACGAUUUACAGAAAUACGCAGAUGGUUUAGGAUAUUUAGACAAAUAUCAAUUAGUUUAUAUGGAAGGUUUGAAGCCAAACAACAAAGAUGAGAAAGUGAUUGCAGAUGCUUCGAAAAUCUCCAAAAACCUACAAAACAUUUUUUUAAGCAUGGUCAAUGAUAAUGUAAAGUACAGGAUACGACUACCCAAAUUUCUGGCCAUCUUUGGUGGUGGUCAAAGUUUUCUAAACCGAAUUCAUUUGCAAUUUAUUGAUUACUGUGGAGGAGGAAAAUUCCACCUUAAUGAAGUAGACAACGCCAAACUACCACGCGACUUUACAGAGAUGGGGGAUUUCAUAUUCUUUUACGAAUGUAUUAUAAAGUGGGCUUUGCUAGCUCGAGAAGUUAAAGAAGCUUUUGAGGAAUAUGAGCAAAACACUGAAGAUGCUUUAUCAUUUUUCUUCAAAUAUUUUAUUAUUACCCUUCCUUUUACAUUUGGUAUUAGGGCAUUGGACGGGUAA